UGUGAAUCCGACCUCAACUUGUUCUCGUCUCCUUGCUUUUAAAUUCAAGAUUGUUCUGUUUUAAUUUCAUCAUCCAAACAACCCCUUCAAUUCUCUCCCAUCUUCUAUCUUUCCAUAUCCAGAAUAACGGGAAAAAAAUUGGCCAUAACUGUUCUGCUCUUGAUCUGUUAAGUUGUUUGUUUAUAUUGGCUGGAUUGGGUAGCCAAAAUGUACAACUCUAUGAUGGAUCCUGAGAUGAUCAGAAUCGCUCAGGAGCAGAUGAGUCGCAUGUCACCCGCCGAGUUUGCUCGGAUCCAACAGCAGAUGAUGUCUAAUCCAGAGUUAAUGAGGAUGGCCUCAGAAAGCAUGAAGAACAUGAGGCCUGAAGAUUUCAAACUUGCUGCAGAGCAGUUAAAACAUACUCGCCCUGAACAGAUGGCUGAGAUUGGUGAAAAGAUGGCAAAUGCAACACCUGAAGAAAUUGCAGCUAUGCGUGCCCAUGCUGAUGCGCAGAUUAAAUAUCAAAUAAGUGCCGCUGAGAUGUUGAAGAAGCAGGGCAAUGAACUUCACAGUCAGGGAAAAUUCCAUGAAGCUAUGCAGAAGUAUUGUCUUGCCAAGCAAAACAGUAGAGAAAUUCCAUCCUCUCAAAGUAGAAAGCUUCUUUUAGCAUGCUCACUGAACUUGAUGUCUUGCUACGUGAAGACAGGGCAGUAUGAUGAAUGUGUAAAAGAAGGUUCUGAGGUUUUGGCUUAUGAUGCAAAAAAUCUUAAAGCUCUUUACCGGAGAGGUCAAGCAUAUAAGGAACUUGGUCUACUAAAGGAUGCCGUUAAUGAUUUGAGCAUGGCAUAUGAAGUUUGCCCAGAUGAUGAUACAGUUGCAAAGCUUUUGAGGGAGACCAAGGAAAUGUUGGCAGAGGAUGAUGGCGAGCAUGCACCUAGAGGAUUAGUAAUUGAAGAAAUAAUUGAAGAAGAUCAGAAUGUUCCGGCACAAAACUUUGGAAGCUCAUCUGUGGAACAACCAGUGGUUCAGCCAAAAACUUCCAAUGAGUCUUCUAAGACUUCCAGUGCAUUCAUCAAUGAAAAGUUAAAAUCAAAUAUGGAGGGCUUAAAUGCAUUGAAAAAUGAUCCUCAAGCUAUCAGGUCAUUCCAAAAUUUCAUUUCAAAUGCUGACCCUGCCACUCUUGCUUCUCUGAAUGCGGGACAAUCCAAAGAUGUUUCUCCUGAUAUGAUUAGAACUGCCUCAGACAUGAUUAGCAAGAUAUCGCCACAGGAACUUCAAAAAAUGCUUGACAUGGCUUCCUCGUAUCAGGGGGACAGCCCAUUUUUAAGAGGUUCCCCUGGUUCUACUGUCAACUCUGGAUCAAUUCCUCCAAAUGUGACUCCUGACAUGUUUAAAACAGCUUCUGAUAUGAUAAGUAAAAUGCCACCGGCGGAUCUUCAGAAGAUGUUUGAAAUGGCUUCCUCAUUAUCCGGGAAAGCAUCUAGCUCAUCAUCUGCAGCUGUAGACAAGAAUGUGAGAAAUGCUUAUCAGCCAAACAUCCCCUCCUCGAAUGCUAAUGGAAGUAAUGCUUUUGCUGAAUCAAGUUCUUCGCAUGAUUCGUUUUUAAAUAUGAGAAAUGCUGCUCAGUUGAACGUCCCAUCCUCAAGUACUGAUUUGCAAGAACAGAUGAAAAACCAGAUGAAAGAUCCAGCAAUGCGACAGAUGUUUACAUCAAUGAUAAAAAAUAUGAGCCCAGAAAUGAUGGCGAACAUGGGGGAACAAUUUGGUGUUAAGCUUUCAAAAGAAGAUGCAGCAAAAGCUCAGCAAGCCAUGUCAUCCUUGUCACCAGAGGACUUGGAUAGAAUGAUGCGAUGGGCUGAUCGGGUUCAAAGAGGAGUUGAAGGUGCAAAGAAUACAAAGAAUUGGCUACUAGGAAAAGGUGGUUUGAUAAUGGCAGUAGUCAUGCUCAUUUUAGCAGCAAUUUUUCAUCGGCUAGGCUUCAUUGGUGGCUAGAAUAAGAGACAUGUACAUUCUAGGACGUCCUGAUUUGGGUGUUCGAGAGGAUUCCAAGGGCUGCCUUCGAGGGCAGUGGAUAUGAGUUUAUCAGUUUUUUUGGGAGGAGAAAAGGAGGGUUCAAAAGGGGAAGAUCGCGUAGUUAAUGAUUAAUGUGUUUACUCCAUGUUUUUGGUGGAAAUCUUUUGAUUUGAUUUUGAUCCGUUGUAUCUUUUGGUGGCUCUGACUAGAUGGGGUAGGCGAUGAAAUUGACAAAAAUGUCAUCUCAUCGGGGGAUUGACUCUGGUUUUUUAACCUCUCUCUUUUGUAAAAUAUUAGCGGAGCUGCACUAGCAUUGUGACCCCUACUAUUAAAUCAAUUUGAUGGCAAUAAACUGAUUAGGCAUCCGGAUCAUCUGCCGUGCAUUGUUUUAUCUAA